CUCAGAUAGGUAGAUAGUAAUUUACAACUAAUAUUGUUACUAUGGGCUAUGCAAAAUAAAAUAGCAAAGUAAUACAAGAAUAAAUUGACUAUGCUGUGUAGAUGAUCAAUGAUAAACUCAUUGUGAAUAGCUCUCAUAGUUAUUAGGUGACGAGGGGACUGUACACAGCUCUCUCUCUAAAGCAUGUGUGUUCUGAGGAGGUUCCUCCUGUGCUAUGCUUUUUACAGGACUCUGAUGUUGCGCAUGGAGAACGUGUCCUACGUGGCCCUGAGGCAGCCCAUCGUGUUUGAGCUGGAGGGCUUUGAAGUGUCUCAGAGCCAUGGUUACCCCCUGUUUGCCUUGGUCCUGGCCAUCUACUUCCUGGUGCUGCUGGGGAACGUGGUUGUGAUGGGUGUGAUUGCAAUAGAUAAGACGCUACACAAGCCUAUGUACGUGAUGGUAUGUAACCUGGCUGCCUGUGACCUGCUGGGAGGAACGGCUGUGAUGACUCAGCUCAUGGUCAUCUUCCUGAUGGGGGAGAAGAGGAUUCCAUACAACAGUGCCUAUGCUCAGGCCAUCUGUGUUCACACCUAUGGUGCAGCUGUACAGACCAUACUGUCAGCCAUGGCCUAUGACCGGUAUGUGGCAGUGUGUGAACCAUUGAGGUACCAUGCAAUCAUGACCACGGCCCACAUGGUUUUUGUGAUCUUGCUGGCCUGGGCUGUCGCAAUCAUCCUUAUAGCUGUGCUCUUCGCUUUGAAUGUGGGUACUCCACUAUGUGGCACCUACAUCAGGCAUGUCUACUGCAGCAACCGCUCCAUCCUGAACCUGGCCUGUGUGCCCACCCCCAUUAACGAUAUCUACGGUUUGUGCAUGACUUGGAUUCUCAGCAGCAGUUCCUUCCUCAUCAUCUUUUUCUGCUAUGCCAAGAUCCUGUCAGCCUGUCUGAUGAGGAAGAGUGACAAGGGCAGUCGUAGUAAGGCCCUACAGACCUGCGCCUCUCACCUGAUCAUCUACUUGAUCUUCGAAAUUGUCAGCCUCAUCAUUAUCCUCAGUAACCGCUUCCCCCAGGUCCCAAUGAACAUCAAGAAGUUCUGCACUAUCCUGAUCUUCAUCGUUCCCCCUCUAAUUAACCCUAUCAUUUAUGGAUUUGUCACUAAAGAGUUACGCACAAGCAUUAUAAAGCUGUUGAAAACACGGGUCGCACCCAAACUGUAAAAUGUUUAACAGUUUACUGUGGCAUCCCCACCGUACCCAUCGUUCCAGAUAGAGAACAUGCAUAUAAUAAUAACAGAGGUCAUCUAACAGGUUGCAGGGGAAAAAAUAUGGCCAAUGUAAAAGAAAUUUGAAUGAAGUGAAUUUACUGUAGUGGCCUCCAGUGGGUACCCAAAGUGCUGUACAGUAUGGCUUAGUGAGUAUUGAAUGUGUAGUGGGCUUGUAGUAGGAAUACAAUAUUUGUUUGAAAACAAUUAUAAUUAAAAGUUACAUUCCAAAAGAGAUAAUACAAGCAUGACAUGAUGUGUGUCUCUAGCUCAUGCUGUUUAAUUACCAUGGUGGUUAGAAUAUGACACAUGACUUUGUUGUGGCAUUGUGAAUUUGUGUAGCUGUUACAUUUGUUUUGUUAUACAAAUGACAGCAUGUUCAAUGUGAAUAAUAAGUAAACAUACAUGAUACCAUUAAUUGGGAAUGCCUACUUUAAAAAAUAAUAUUUUUGCAGCCCUUAUAAUAAUAUACAACUGAAACACAAUUUUCUUGAUUUGCACCAUCACUUGGAACAUAAUAAUAUGAAAUAAGGCAGGAUGGGACUAUGAAGUGUGGCAGGUAGCCUAGUGGUAGGUAGCCCAAGUCGACUAGGUGAAUAAUCUGUCGAUGUGCCCUUGAACAAGGCACUUAUAGCGCAUUCAGAAAGUAUUCAGACCCCUUGACUUUUCCCACAUUUUGUUAAGUUACAGCCUUAUUCUAAUAUAGAUUAAGAUCUUUGUUUUUCACCAUCAAUCUAUACACAACACCACAUAAUGACAAAGCAAAAACAGGUUGUAAUUAUUUCAUGCGCAUUUAUAAAAACAUAAAAAACUGAAAUAUCACAUUUACAUAAGUAUUCAGACCCUUUACUCAGUAUUUUGUUGAAGCACAUUUGGCAGUGAUUACGGCCUCAAGUCUUCUUGGGAAUGACGCUACAAGUUU